AUGGCAGAUAAGACACUGUCACCAAACGGAAUCGACUCCGUGGAUGAAGCCCUCGAGCGGCUGUCGAGGAAACCCGGUGUCAAGGGCUGGCUCAUGCUAGACCGCUCAAGCGGCGCAAUACUCAAGACCAACGGGCAGAUAUCUACGAUUCGACCGGCCAAGUCGAGCAACACCGAUACGUCACUGCCCACACCCACGGGCGGUUCGUUCUCGGCCGAUGUUGCGAGCCCCACUGAAGGCGACAAUGAGACGCAGGCAGCACAGGAGUUGGGAAGCAUGGUUUGGGCAUUUCUGAGCACAGCCGGCAGCCUAGUACAAGAGAUUGAUACAGAGGACGAACUCAAGUUAUUGCGGUUGCGGACAAAAAAGCAGGAACUUGUCGUCGUACCCGAGACCAAAUAUAUACUGGUUGUCAUACAUGAUACACCGCCGGCAUGA